CAGCCGCCGCCGCCGCCGCCGCUGCGCCAGUCCAUACGCUAAACGCAAACGCAGCGAGGGAAGGAGAGAGAAAAUAAGACGAGAGAGAGAGGUUGGGACGGGAGGAGGCGGAGGAGUGGUUGCUCUCGACUCGACUGCUCAUUCUGCACGGACGAGUCGUGGUCGGUUGUCGGUUGGCGGGUCGGCACAAAUUAGCUCUGGUCGGACGCAGCGCAGAAAAACGAGCAAACCGGUCGGUCCACCGGCUGGCCUGGCUGACGUACGCAACAGACAAUCGCGGGCUGAUUGUGCUGGCAGCUUCGGCAUCGUCGACCCUUUUCUUCUUCCCCCCUGAGAGUGCCAUGUGCGGAGAAGCCGAGCCGACGACUCGUCAGGACUGAACAUGGGUUUCUCGACGGAACUGCAGGGCCAGGGCGCGCACGAGGUGCUGCUGCAGCGGCAGGACGCAGAGCUGCGCCUGCUGGACACGAUGCGCCGGUGCCUCGCCUCCAAGCUCAAGUGCGACCGCGAGUUCGCCCAGGGGAUGGCCGGGGUCGCCGCGCAGGCCACCAAACGCGACUGGAACGAAGAGUUGCCAGACAGCACGCUCGCCAAGGCGUGGUGCAGUUUUGCGACGGGGCUGUCAGACCUGUCGCGUGAGGUGCGCGAGGGUGCAGAAAAUCUUGAGAACAAGGCCCUGCAAGCGCUGAAGCAGCUGCACGAGUCGCGCAGGGAUGCGCGCAAAACCUACCACGACGAGCACCUGAAAAUCAUCCAGCGACUCUCCAGCCUCUCCGAGGCGGUGCAGAGGAAGAGGAACGAAUAUCAAAAACAGUUAGAGGUGUACAAAACAACGCGGUCCCGUUUCGAGGAGCAAUAUGUCAAUUUACGCAUUUUUCCGCUAGCUGGGCGCACGGGGCCGAAACUGGCCGAGGUGAUGGACAAGUACCAGCGGGCCUGCCGCCGCUUGCACCUGAUUCACAACGAGUACGUCCUGCUGCUCAAUGAAGCUAGUAAUUACGAGAAGGACUUCCGCACGAGUCUGCUGCCUGGCCUACUUGAGCUGCAGCAAGACCAGCAAGAGACGACGCUGACGACUCUAAAGAAGAUUAUGAGCGAAGUCGUAAGGUUCACAAACCUGUCGACAGAAAAAUUCUCGGAAAUCUACACCCGUAUGAACAUCGGUGUCAGAGAGAUAAAGCCCAAGGAGGAGUACCAAAAGUUUGCGGAGAAUCACAAGACGAUCCCGAAAGCGCAGCAAAAGUUCUUGUUUGACGAGUCGCUGACGGAGGAUUCGUCGGGAAAGCUGCAGCCGAACGUGAUAGCCGUCGACAACCUGACGCUGGACUGGCUCAAAACGAAGAUUUCAGAGCUGGAAAAUGAUCAGAAGGAGGUGCAGGGAAAACUGAGGGAAAAGGAGGAAGUGCUGGCAAAGAGCAAACUGCAAAACGGCCUGCUUGACCCACUUAGGAUAGAAAUAAGCGCUGCAGAAACGCAGGCGAAGCAGGAGAUAGAGCUGCUAAAGUGUGAUGAUAGGCAGAAAGGGAACCAGUUAUCACUUAUAAAAAACCCUCUCAACGAAAUAGGUUGUGAAGAAAUUCCCCCUGGUUGUGAUCUGAGCUUAGUGCAAACCGAAUCCCGAUCGACGAUUACGAUGACGGACACUUUAUCCGCGGUGCAGACCCGCCACGGCAGAUUCCAAAAGCUGUUCAAGAAACCGUUCUCAGGCGGCAAAAAGUCGCACUCAGUGUCCCAGACGACGCUGACCAAUAUUUCGGUGCCAGGCUCGCCAAGGGACUCAUCCCGGAACAGCACCUUCCUCGAAAUGACAGACCCACUGCAAGUACGGGCCCAGCUUGAGCAUGAAUUGAGUGAAGAGUACCUGAGUGACGCUCAAGCUUCGAGUGACGAUGACUCGUCAGAGGCUAGCUUGCCUAGUAACCCCGAACCCGUUGUCUUCCGUAACAACAUGACCAUCAGCAACCCCGUUCUGUUUGCGUCUACCAAUAAACUGCAUGAGCACAUUGUAGAGUUGAAUAACAAGCUUGCAGUUAAGGCAGAAGGCGUUCCUGGCGCUAGAGGCUUAGGAGAACAGGAUUGGUUCCACGGAGUACUGCCUAGGGAAGAGGUCGUGCGACUCCUAAAAAAGGAAGGCGACUUUUUAGUCAGGGAGACAAUGAGAAACGAGGAGAGGCAAAUCGUGCUCAGCGUCUCCUGGGGCAACUCGCACAAACACUUUAUAGUCCAGAACUCACCAGACGGCAUGGUGAGAUUUGAGGGACCAGCCUUCAGUUCUGUUCCUGAACUGGUCGUGUACCAGCUAAAGUCCGGUCUGCCCGUGACGGCGAGGUCGCAAGUCAUUUUAAGAAACCCCGUGGCCAAAGAGACGUGGGAGCUCAACAACGACGACGUCAUGCUAAACGAGAAAAUUGGCAGGGGCAACUUUGGCGACGUCUACAAGGCCAAGUUGCGGACGUCCGGCCAGGACGUGGCAGUGAAGACCUGCAGGAUGACUUUGCCCGACGAGCACAGGAAAAAGUUCCUGCAGGAGGGCCGAAUACUGAAGCAGUACGACCACCCAAACAUUGUCAAACUGGUCGGAAUUUGCGUGCAAAAGCAGCCAAUAAUGAUUGUGAUGGAACUAGUGCCUGGUGGCUCAUUAUUAGUGUAUCUUAGAAAUAAUGCCAAUAAGUUAAGCUGUAGACAAUUAAUGGCCAUGUGUAAAGACGCAUCUUCAGGAAUGAAGUAUCUAGAGUCAAAGAACUGCAUCCAUAGAGAUUUGGCAGCCAGGAAUUGCUUGAUAGGAUUAGAAAACAUUGUGAAGAUCUCUGAUUUUGGAAUGUCAAGAGAGGAGGAAGAGUACAUAGUCAGCGACGGUAUGAAACAGAUUCCUAUCAAGUGGACAGCACCCGAGGCGCUCAACUACGGAAAAUACACCACUCUGUGUGACGUGUGGAGCUACGGUGUUCUGGCCUGGGAGAUUUUCGCCAAAGGAGGAGUUCCCUACAACGGCAUGAGCAACAGCCAGGCCAGAGAGAAAAUCGAUGGAGGCUACCGAAUGCCCGCCCCUGAAGGCACGCCGCCUGAGAUGUACCAACUGAUGGUGCGGUGCUGGGCGGAAAAGCCAGAGAACAGGCCUAAGUUUGAUGAAAUCUUCAGGAUCGUGAACCAAUUGUUCGAAAACCACAGGCAAACGGCCAUUAUGUAGACUUAAAUCACUAUUAUAUUAUGCGUUGUUUUACUAACAUCUUUUGUAUGGAAAGCAACCGUGAACAAAAAGAGCGAUAAAUAAAUAUAACAACUUUAUCAUAAGCGUAUUAUGACAAA